CUAUUUCUCUUUUUUUUUGUCUACAGUCCAAUUGAUCGCUCAUUUAUUUCACUUGUUCAUUCCCUUCAUUCCCUUCAUUCUUGACAUGAUCGAAAGUUCAUUCAACACCACCGACAUUCAAACCGGAAACUUGAAUGCAGUUGACUCGAGCGACGAACCUCUUUCCUCUUCUUAUCCCUCACUCGAUUAUGAGAUCCCAAAUGCUGAGGAGCAUCAAGACCUUGUUAGAGCCAUGAGGAAAGCCUGUGGUUGGGGUGCUGGCCUUGUGCCCUCUUGGUUCAUCCAACAGAACGAAGGGACUCGCAUCAUGGCUAUAUUCUACCUCCCAGAGACAAAGACCCCUGUCGGAAUGGGUGGCAUAGAGCUAAAGGAUUUUGAAUUUGGUGAUAAAGAUGUCGCAGAUCCAGAGAAUCUACGUGGUUGUAUCGUCUCCUUAUUCCUGUACAAGAAAUUCCGUCGUCAAGGCUAUCUAGGUCGGAUGAUCCAAAUCUGUGAAGAACUGGGCCGUCAAAGAGGUCUCAAGGCCUUGACCCUUUAUGGUCUUAGCAAGGCCCAGGGCUUUGAGAAAUUCGGUUACAAGACCUUCAAGAUCGAACCUCGGAAUUAUGGAGGCGAUACCUUUCGGGAAACCAGGUUCUUGCUAAAGGAAAUUGUAGAUUAA